AUGUCUGACGGAGACGACCAACAGCUUGUCACCAAGCCCUUCAAGUUCGAGACUGGCACCGACGCUCGAUUCCCCAACCAGAACCAGACCAAGCACUGCUGGCAAAACUACGUCGACUACCACAAGUGCAUCAACGCCAAGGGCGAGGACUUUGCUCCCUGCAAGCAGUUCUGGCAGGGUUACCGAUCGCUCUGCCCUUCUGGCUGGUACCAGCGAUGGGAUGAGCAGCGCGAGGCCGGCAACUUCCCCGCGAAGCUCGAUUAA